ACCCGCAGCAAUUCAGCCGUCCUCUCACGCCAACCUGACACACCUCACCUCCCCUUCCCUUUCCGUUAGUUGCCGCUCGCCACCGCACCGCACCCCACCGCACCGCGAGAGGAAGUGCAUUGGCUCGCCACCGCCCGCCCUCCCCACCUUGCUUCCGCAGAAAGAUCCAUUCGGUGGCUCCCCUGCACACCGCAGCGAUAGUAAAGCCGCGGCCUUUCCUGCGCGCGCUUGCCUUGCCGCCGCGGCAUCCGCCCCGCCCCGCCCCGCCCCGCCCCGUGGAUAGAUAGGCAGCGAGUGAUAGAUCUGGGGGAGGCGCAGAUCUGACUGACCGGCCGGUGCUCAUUCUCUUCCCGCCGGUGAGAGUUUGUCGGGGCGGCCAUGGGGAAGAAGGGCAAGUGGCUGGGCGCCGUCAAGAAGGUGUUCAGCCCGGAGUCCAAGGAGAAGAAGGAGGAGAAACUGAGGAAGAAACUGGCUGCAAGAGACCCCAGCCCACCAGAUCUUACACCUUCUACUUCCUUGGAAGUCAAUGUUUCGAUGCCGCCGCCCCCUCCCGCAGUUCCUUCUCCGCACCAAACUGAGGAGGUUCAGGUCCGUGAUGUGGAGCUGGAGCUGGAGCUGGAGCUGGAGCAGGAGCAGGAGCAGAGCAAGCAUGUGACCGUGGAGGCAGCCCCUGAUGCUCCUGCUCAGACGUCGGCGGCAUUGCCACCUGGUGUGUCGAGGGAAGAGCUCGCUGCAAUCAAGAUCCAGACCGCCUUCAGGGGAUACCUGGCUAGGAGGGCAUUACGAGCCUUGAGGGGCCUUGUUAGAUUGAAGUCAUUGGUCGAGGGUAAUUCGGUUAAGCGUCAAGCUGCAAGCACACUGCGUUGUAUGCAGACUCUCGCACGGGUGCAGUCACAGAUACGUUCAAGAAGGCUGAAGAUGUCUGAGGAGAACCAAGCCCUCCAGCGCCAGCUCCUGCUGAAACAAGAAUUGGACAGUUUGAGGAUGGGGGAGCACUGGGAUGACACCACCCAAUCCAAAGAGAAGAUCGAAGCAAGUCUAAUAAGCAGGCAGGAGGCUGCGAUAAGAAGAGAGAGAGCGCUCGCAUACGCGUUUUCCCAUCAGUGGAAGAGCAGUUCAAGGUCCUCCAACCCAAUGUUUGUAGACCCAAACAACCCACACUGGGGCUGGAGCUGGCUGGAGCGCUGGAUGGCAGCAAAGCCUUCUGAGGCCGGCCGCACUGGAACCGGCAAGGAAAGCAACAUUGACCAGGGAUCAGUGAAGAGCAUGAGUUUGAACCUUGGGGAGGGUGAGAUCACUAAAGCCUUUAAUCGUAGGGGCUCCAAGCCAGAUAAGUCGUCACCGACGACUCCAAAGCUGACCCGCCCAGCCUCCCGGCUAUCCCCUUCUACACCCACUGCCAAAGUGACACCAAUAGUUGUGAAGAAGAAACCUGCUACACCGAAGAAUGGGCUUUCACAGGUGGACGACGACGCAAGGAGUGUGCUCAGUGUGCAGUCCGAGCGACCCAGGCGGCACAGCAUAGCCACCUCGACGGUGCGGGAUGAUGAGAGCCUCGCCAGCUCUCCGUCAGUCCCAAGCUACAUGGCCGCCACAAAAUCCGCCAGGGCCAAGUCCCGCCUUCAGGGGUCGCCACUGAUCGAUAGUGCAGAGACGACACCAGAGAAAGGAGGCUCUGUUAGUAUUGGGUCAGCCAAGAAGAGGCUGUCCUUCCCAGCAGGAGGGGCGCCCCCCUCGCCAAUGAGGCGGCAUUCUGGCCCUCCAAAGGUGGAGAGCAUGGUGAAGGACAUCGCUGUGACACCGCAGCCAGAGGCCCUGGCGAUCAAUGGUUGAAAGCUGAAACAAAGGAGCAACUCAUAAGAGUGCCGAGACGGGGCUAUGGAUAUACAUAUUUCACACCCAGGAACAAAGGUUAAAAAGUUAUUGAAUUGUUGCAUUUUGCUUUCAUCAAAUUAAUUGUUGUGACUACAUUGUCAGCUUUAUUAGGAGAAGACUCUCGGUGUCAUCUGUCGGUCCAUGUCCAUUUCAUUUGUUGCUUGUGUAAAACCAUAUGGGGUUUGUUGUUUGUAUGUACACAACACAGGUCUUCUAUUUAUGCGAGCAAUAUAUUUCUUCCAUGCCUUACUCCAA